AUGGUGGACCUUUUCAAGCAGUUCCUUAUCGACAAGACAGGCAAUCCACUAAAAGGCUGGUUGCAGUUCUUUGAUAAGAAUGGCGACAGCAAGGUCGACAGGCUCGAGUUCGAGCAGUCCUUGGAGAAAAUGGGCUACGACGGCAGUGCGGCCGAGCUGUUCGAUGAGCUAGAUUUGGAUGAAUCUGGCUCCUUAUCGAUCAGCGAAGUUGAUAUCUGGAGCUCGCAGACUUGGUCUGCCUUCAAGCGCUGGUGCGUCCACGCUUUCCGCUCGAAGGAUGAAUUCGUUUCCAAGCUCUGCAAGGACUACGAGCCGUCGGGCAGUGCUGCCAAGGGCGAGCCGCUUGAACGCAGGGGCGACUGUGCAUCCGUAACUAGGCAGCACACCAGGGAAGAGUCUUCCCCGCUGACAUCCAGUGGCAAGAUGGGCCGCGCUAAGUCGUUGUUAGAACGAAGCCGCACCACCGGCUCCGAUAUGGCAUCGGGGUUGACAACGCCCCGCAAGGGGCGGACAGCGAUUGGGCGAAGCUUCACCGUUGGCCACAGCACGGAAUCGGAGGUGACAGGCUUCAUUCAGCAGCAGUUCGUAGAGAAUGCGUCGCGGAUGGGAUGGUACGGUGGACUCGAGAUGAUGUUGUUCACGUGGUUGGACAUCCGGGGCGUCGGACUUGUCAAAUCUGAAGACGUGUCGGUUUGGUUCGACGCAGAGCACGCGUUCCAGCAACGACGGAUGGCCUUUCGGAAAAAGCGAACGCAGCAGUUAGCGCAAGCGUUGGGGAACCGCACGGGUGAACAAGCACAGCACGCGCUGAAGGCUUUCAAAGUGUUCUUGCGAUCCAAGUGGCGAUGCUUGUUCCAUGCAUGGCGAUCCAAGCUCGACCGCGACGGCUCCAUGACGGUCGCGCGGAAGGAGGUUUGGAGAACAUGCUCGGAGCUUGGCUGGCACGGCGACGUGUCAGCGCUGUGGCACUCGCUGGACUGCGACGACAGCGGCUCGUGCACGCUGGACGAGUUCACUCUUGCGGAGGCCCGCCCCCUGGCAGUCUUCAAGCGGGCAGCCGAGGAGCGUUACGGCAGCGUCGUGAAGCAGUUCCGCGCCCUGCUGAAGGCUGCGAAGGUCAAAGGCCCCGGCGGCAGGCUCGACAAGGUGGCCUGGUGUGCAGCCAGCCAUCAGCUGGGCUGCAAGUACGAUGCCCCCCUCGUAUUCGACCUCGUGGACUGGGAAGAGGCGGGCAGCCUAUGCUUGCGCGACCUGCGAUUCAUGGACGUGUGGGUUCCAGAGGUGUGGCUGGCAGAGCAGCCGGACUCCGAAGCCGCCGAGGACUUCAAGAGAGCCCUUCUUCAGCAUCAUGGCGGUUCUGUCGUGAGGGCCUGGCGGGUGGGCUUAGACAGGGACGGCACAGGCUUGGCCACGUACAAAGAGUUCAAGCUGGCGGCCCAGAAAAUCGGCUUCGAGGGCAACGUUCCAGGCGCAUUCCUCGCUCUGGACAGCGAUUUCUCCGGGUGCAUCGGGCUGGACGAGUUGAACCCCGACGCCGCAAACGAGUUGCGGCGCUUCCGGCAUUGGGCGCAUCAGAUGUUUGGCUGCGUGGUGAUGGCCUUCGAGGUGCUGGACGAGGACCGCUCGGACUCCGUCAGCCGGAAAGAGUUCCGGAGGGUCAUGAAGAGCCAUUGCUACAAGGGCGACCUGGAGCACCUGUUCAACACGCUGGAUAGCAACGAGAACGGACAUCGGACGGGGCUAGGACGAGGAUAA